CCGGCAAUCUAUGUGCGCUGUCCUGGAGGACGGGAAGACGCGACCCGUAAUCCACAAACCGAACUCAACAUGUUCCGAAUCGAGGGCUUAGGACCGAAGCUAGACCCGGAGGAACUAAGGCGGAAGAUGCGUGAGGACGUGGUCUCCUCAGUCCGCAACUUUCUCCUCUACGUGGCUUUGCUGCGCGUUACACCCUAUAUUUUAAAGAAGUUGGACAGCAUAUGAAGAUCAUAGUAGAAGAGAGACAUUGGCAUGUGAGAGCAUGAACUUCAGAAUAUGGUUACAUUUUCUCUUCCCAUUUGCUAAUGAACGGGCACAAAAAGACAUUAGAGACUUCUGGUACUGAAUAGAUAUGAAAUCUCCACUUACUAAGAAUGAGUUUGACUUUGUUGAAAAUGCGAACAACCUAAAAGCAUGAAGUUUUUUUCUCUUUGACACGAUUUAAGAAAUGUAAGCAGUCUUUGGCCUUGUACUGCUGUAUCAGCUCAUACAACCUUGAUAAAUUUUGGUUCCGUUGUAAAUAGUUUUAUCAAACUACAUUUUGUAGUGAUGUACACCAUGUAAGGGAGCUACCUCUGAAAUUCUUCUGUUCAACCUCAUGCCUCUGUGAGGAAUAUGCUUUGUGAAAGAUUUUCUUGUGAUUACUUUUGUUGAAAUUGAUACCAUUAUUAGCACAGUACUGUGAGUCUUUAUU